AUGGGUAACAUUGCAUCGCACCAUGUACAGGCACUGAACAAGACACAGACCGACACAAGAUUCUACCCUCCUAGAGAAACCAAUUCUGGUACCAAAAGAGCCACAAGCCUACCAGCAGAGCUACAACCACACCAAAAGCCUUUUCUCUCCAAGUUCGGUGCUGCAAAAGCUCGUAUACACCGCACCUUUCGUCCCAAACCAAAAGAUCAGACCAACAACAAGAAAACCAAGAAAGGCGAAAAACAUAGCAAAAAGAACUCGCAAUCUAGCUCAAGUCUGAUAGAAUUGGAUCAAUCACAAUCUCAGAGUAUUUCUGAUGGUAACAGACGAUAUAGUCACCACAGAGACUCCAAGUACCAAUACCCUAUCGAUGAACAGGAACAAGAUCGUUUGAUACAAAUGCACUUUUUAUUGAAACAGUGUUUUGAUGGCAAUUUCUCGGCUCCGGUCAAAAACCUACUGUCUCGUACAGCCCUGACUUCUUGGGACUCCUCAUCAAUCAACCGCGUAUCUUGGGCUACAUCGGCAACCUCUCAAUCUACACAGUCUUCCAUCAGAAACACGUGGGUGCGCCAGUCGGUCCCGCCCCGGGUGCUUGACAUUGCAUGCGGUACAGGAACCUGGGCAAUGGAGAUGGCUGUCGACUUUCCUGACGCCGAAGUCCACGGAGUCGACAUCACCGACACUAUGUACCCUCUUACCAUCAAGCCUCCGAACGUAUCUUUUAUCAAGGCCGAUGUUCUGGAUCCAAAAGGUCUCCCUUACCCAAGCGAGUAUUUUGACUAUGUUCACAUGCAAUUGGUCUAUGCUUGCUUCUCUAGACCAGACUGGACUACGAUCGUCAAGGAGAUUCGGCGAGUUCUCAAACCAGGCGGCUAUGUUGAGUUUCGAGAAUUGGACCCCAUACUCCACAAUGCGGGCCCUGUCACUGAAGCCUUUCUGGGAUCACUUACCAAAGGCAUGGAGCGGUUGCACGGCAUCAACUCCUUUUGGAGUCGAUAUCUCUGCCAGUAUAUCGAACGACCAGGCGACAUGACAGACAUCCACCACGAGAUAGUCUCGGUCGGAGUGGGAUGGGGUAGGACUGUGGCAGACAUGACGUACGAAGCAGUCGAGGAAGACUUUCGGGCCGUCAAACGCCUUGUACGCACGGCCCUCUCUAUUUCGAGCGAAGAGUAUGAGUCUAGAGUGACUACGAUGAUGAACGAGAUGAGGGCCCACAAGACAUAUGAAAACUACCACAUGUGCUGGGCACGUAAACCCUUACUUGACCUGGACUCUAUAUUUUAUGACCGCCAACAAAUGCCAACCAAUAUUAUGAUUAAUAACAGCAGUAAAAAUAUUGAUAUUGACAGCAAUAGCAGCGACAAGAAAAAGAAGAACAAUGUUGAUUAUAGUAAUGAUAAUAUUCUACUCCAGCAAGAUCCUCAUCAUCUUCAUCAACAUCACCUCUACCAUAACAAUAUCAACAAUUGCCUCUAUUACCAGCUCAAUAAUCCCAGCAGGAUGCGUAGGAUGUCUUCCAUGUCUUGCUUGGAAGGAAAGAUGAAAGAAGAAGAAAGGAGAAGAAACGAUACUGUGUCCGACAUUUACCAGUUUGUGGAAGGGUACAAUGCAUCUUAG